UUCCACAUGCUUACUGCAAACAAUUCAGCACCUAGAAUGAAGCUUAAGCUUCUCCUCUUUGGUCUCCUUGUGUUUGUUCAAGUCAAGUGGAUUGUGGCUGCUACUGAUGACACCCAUGGAGGGAAGGAUCAGCUUCACCAGAUGAGGCAUCUCUUGGAAGACCAAUCAUUUCAUAGUAAAGUUUUCUUUCCAGGCUUAGAUGAUAAGAAAACUGAGAAAUUUACAAGGGAGGACUCCGAACUUAACGACCAGAAAUGGCGAAUCGACUCAAAAAGGAGUGGCUUGACCAGAACGCCCAGAUCUCAUAACAGCUCUACAUCCAUGAAACAACGUGACUAUUAUCAUUAUUCUCUUUUGCCACUGGAUGCCUUCGCUUGCCUUCUGCUUCUGCUUGCCUUAACUUGAAUAAGAGCUGUUUUGAAGCAUCUGUAUCAUCACUUUUGUGUCGCCAGCCAAUCAAACAGUAUUGAAGUUUGGUUUGUGUUGCUUGUUCAUAAUGGUUAAAGGCUGUAUAUAUAUAUUUUGAUUGUAUAUUUCAAAUAUGAAGAAACGAUCUUUCUUCAUGUUUCGAUGAUUAAAGUUGAUGUACGUUGCUUGGUGA